ACAAUGGCCGUGUCGUCACUAUCGUCUGCUUGUCAUCUUAAGGGAGUAUCAGUUACCUGCGCCAGAGUGUUUGUGUGUGUUUCCGCGGGCUGUUGUUGCUUAUUAACCGCGCGCUGCGGCAUCUCAAAUCCAGCUGAUCGAGCGCAUCCAGGCGGGGAGUUCUUUACCCGGAGACAGGCAUGGAUGAGGAGGCUCAGGACAGCGAGUGUCCCGUCUGCUACGAGAGCUUCUCGGACAGCGCCAGGACGCUCAGUUGCGGCCAUCACUUCUGCCAUGACUGCUUAGUGCGAACAUUAGUUAACACCAGCCUGAACGGGACUAAUAAACGGGAUAAUAUCAUCUGUCCCGUCUGCAGACACCUGACAUUCAUCACAAAGCAGCACGGAUUUACAGUUUCAACCACAGAAUCCAAAAGACUUGGAAAGACUUUGGAAGUGCCAUCAGUGCCCACUCCUGAAUUCCCCAGGAACACUACUGGGUCUCAUACCGGAGGUCUGGAGUGUAUCUGCUGGUGUCUAAGGAGGAUUUCAUGUAGACUGUGUAGACGACAACUGGUCUGUCCUAAAGACGCCUCAGAGGUGUUUAUUAUAAGUGAAUUGGGACGACCCAUGGCAGAAGGGGACAUUAUCAACAAUGGGACGACGUCAGGGACACAGCAGGACUACAGCAGCAAUGGACAGAGGUUUUGCACCAUCUCCUGCUGGCUUCUCGUCCUAAUGAUCUCUUUCACAUUACUGGCGCUGGUGGCUGCCACUCUUCCAUGGGUUUUGUUGGCGUAAAGAGUCCAGAACUGCCCAUGUGGACCAAUUUAAAGGGAUUAAUCAAGCAAAAAUGAAAAAUAUGUCAUUACUCACCAUGUUUGAAACCUGAGUUUUUUUCAGAUGUUUCGAAAAAUGUUGGUUGGCUUCCAGAGUACUUUUUGAUUUACUAUUGAUAUCGAUGGGUGCCAGCAACCAGCAUUUGUUAAAAUAUAUUAUUUUGUGUUCAGCUGAAGAAAGAAACUCAAAUAGGUGUAAAACUAAGAGUAUAUGAUGAGGUGAUCUCUUUAAAAGUACAGUAGUAUAUAUUAACACACACUUUCUCAGGUGUCACUGGAAAAAGAAAUGUAUCGACUGGUUUCGCAAGUCACAAUGAAUGUUUUAUGAAGAACAGGCGGUUAUUUUGCGACCAGUUCCGAGGCUUGUUCUGGCUUGUCUUUGGGAAGGGGGAGACUUGUGGAAGUUAUGAAGCAAACACAAAUGGAUAGUUUCACUGUAUGGAUGAAUAGAGAGAUCUUGAGAUUGACACUUGCAGUUACUGUGAGGAAACAGAGUGGUUUAAACUUGGAGAAGCUAAGAUGAGACCGUCUGGUGUCACUCGAUCUUGGAGAAACACUGUGGGAUUGGAUUUCAUUUGCUAUGGACACUGACGUUUGAGAAUGGAGAAAGGGAAGGGUGUCAUGAGGCUUCACUUUGGUUUUUUGUUUUCUUCAGCUCGCAUUGCCUGGAAGGAUCAAUACACACCCUCGCUCGUCCAGAAAUUCUUGUCACACAGGCUAGCAAGCUAGUUUCAGCCCAGAAAUGAUUAAUACCUCACAUUCUGCGCAAGUUAACACUGAUGACUUGAUUGGAGGAUGCUUCUGUGACAUACUUGAGGAGGAAUGCUUAAGAAUCUCCUGCUUUAGGAGAAGUCCAAUAAUUGACUGGAGUUUUAUUGCUCUGUGUGAUGACCAAUGGAUCUCUCAGGUUUAAUUUUGAGGUUGGCUCAGAUGUUUUCUUUGGUCAAAAAGCUUAUCAGGAGAAAUGUUAUUAAGGUGCAGUUACAGUUACUCUGUUUUUUGUGAAUAUUCUGGUGGAAUUCAGAAGCUUGCAGAAAAGCCUAUUUAAUUUCCAUCGUUUUAUUUCUUCGCUUGUUCCAGACUGUUUUUUUCCCAUUCAUUUUUUUUUUUUUAAUUUGUGGCCUUGGAGCACAAAACUAGUCAAAAGUAGGGGAGCGCGGCGCACAAAGUAACGCGGGGUUAAAUGUAACACAGAGUUUUAAGGUAUUUGCUUAAGGUUAACCAUGACAUGCUUCCGAGGUUUUCACCACAGUGUCAGCAGACAUAUUCCUGCCAAUUAUUGAAAAAAAUUUGGCUAAAUUUGCAUGAGAAACACAGGAGAAAGAAUUUUUACAGUAUAAAAGGAUUUUUUUUUGUUAUAGAGUUGAUAUAUAUAUAUUUUUUUUUUUUUAAUCUGUGAAAGAAUGAUAGUAAAAUCUGAUACUGUUGUGAUCACCGUCUUCUUGACUAAAAGAUGAAACCAUUUUAAAAGACGUAAAAAGUAACUGCUAGCCAGUUUUGAGGAAAACAUGACACAGCGGGGUUCGUUAGAACAGGGUGUUACAAUUAAGCCACAUGUUGGACGCCAACUAAAAGAACAAAAUAUUUUUGGGAAUUUUGAGUGUAAUGUUGAGAACUUUUUAAAUAAAAAUGUUUUUGUAAAUAGAAAAUAUUGUUU